ACCCUAGAAUCUCUCUCUCUAACAAUCCCUUCUUUCCCAUCUCAUCAAGAUUUGAACUUUGGAUUUGGAUUUGGAUUUGUCCUUAAUUCAUGGGUAUAGGAUGUUGUGGGACUACCUGGGGUACCCGAAGACGUCGGACUCGGACCACCAUCAUCGAAGAAGGUCCUCCACCGAUUCAGAUCGAACCGGUUGACGUUCGCCGGAGUCAUCCUCCUCCUUUCCCGGAGAUUCUCUGUAACGGUCAAAAUCCGACAAGGACAGUGAUGAACUUGGCGGCGGCGUUGGCGGCGGAGCGGCAGAUUCGAGCUGGUGAAGAAUCGGACGGUGAGGAUGGUGUCGAGGAACCUAUGACGCCGCCGUCGAGGAGGGUGUCGUUGAUGAGACUGAUAGAGGAAUCGGACGGUGUGGAUAUGGUGGCGGAGGGUUGUGAUUCGGUGUGCUGCGUGUGCAUGGGAAGAAAAAAAGGUGCGGCUUUUAUACCGUGUGGACAUACUUUUUGUAGGGUGUGUUCGAGAGAGUUGUGGGUGAACCGUGGAUCUUGUCCGCUUUGUAACCGUUUGAUUAUGGAGAUUCUCGAUAUAUUCUGAUCGGACGGUUCCUAGUAUAUCAUUCAAAGGGGUAUUUUUUUUUUUGU